UGAUAUAGUGUUUUCUCUAUAUUGUAGGAGCUGACACAAGGUCAGAAUGUGUGGCUUCGUAUGGAUUUGGUAACGACAAUUUUGGCUUCGGUGGUGAUUCAUUCGGUGGCGAGGGCUUCGGUGGAGAUGGGUUUGGAUUUGGUGGUAUGGAACCAGACGAAUUUGAAGGAUUUGGGUUUGGUGGUAUGGAGCCAGAUGAAUUUGGAGGAGGAUUCGGAGAGGCUGGUGAAGGCUUUGGUGGGAUGGGAGGGUUCGGCGGUGGCGCUUCUGUAACAGGGAAACUCUUUUGUCCUAAGGGAAAUAGAGGAAGCAUUUUGGUUAAGCGAAUCAGGUUUGGAGUGAGCACAUUUCCUGGGACUUGUCAGAGCGUUCCGUUUUGCAAAGAAGUUUUUGAAAACGGCGAACAGUUGGCAAAGAAAUGUAAUGGCGGAUCUACAUGCUCUAUCAAUUCAUUACAGCCUAAGUUUUUGAGUUGUGGACGUCCCAGCACUUAUAUGCUUGUAGAAUACGAAUGUGUAGAUACUUGGGCGACAUUCGAGAUAUGCGAGAGCGUGAAUACAGUGGCACGUGGGGCGUCCGUCAUAAUAACAUCACCUGGGUAUCUGGGCACGUCGAGCACCGGAAUGUCAGGGGUUCAGAUGUGUGAGUGUAUUAUGAGGUCAAAGGACGGGGCUGAUAUGUACAUGGACUAUCUACAGACUCAACUGUCAAGCCAAGGUGACCAGUGUCCGUAUGAUUUUGUUCUGGUGGAGAGUAAGAAGAACAUUAACCAGACUGGUAUAGAUAAAGAGAUAGAAGUUUGCGGGAAACAGCACGUGGGCGGUAGAUGGUUACAGGGCGCUGUUCGAAUUAGCUACGCAUCUGGAGGGCCAAUGAAGAAGCAAGGAUUGCUGGCAAGGUUUACGGCCGACAACAUAGGUAAUAAACCUAUGAUCGAGUUAGAAUGUGGAAAAGUUGACACUAAGGGCCUGAAACUUCUCCAGAGACCGCCAGCACCGGAAACAAGGAAAAACGAGGGAACCAUGCCGUUCCGUCCCGGAUUUGGGAUGCCCAUGAUGCCAAUGAUGCCCCAGUUUCCAACACCCACCGCUUCCGGCCCUAAACCAACAUGGAAUAUUAAAAUUGCAAGCGACCCACCUGUAACUAGAAAUCAAGAACCUACCCUGAAAGUAAAUUUGCCAAUGAAUACAUUCGUGCAAUCGCCAUCAUUUGUAAAUCCCUCGGAGAAGGCAACGCAACAUGUGGCGGAAAAUAAGCCGCCAGUAAAGAAUCAGCCAAAAAAGAACGAAAACAACCGGAAUCGAGGACGACCGCAAGGUGGCGCUGGUCGAAGACCGCCAAAGAAAAAUAAUGCAGGAAAAGUUGUGGCAGAUGGUGAAUCUUCUGUAGAAAAGACGAACGCUGAGAACCAAACUUCCGGUGGUAUGGUGGCACUGGUUUUUGCCGGGAUAGGGGCUGUCCUCAUUUUGGGUUCGGUUGGAAUCCUGUUUCUUCAUAAUUACAGAAAACGUCAGAGAAUAAAGCGGGAGGAAGAAGUUUACGCUUCCGGCGGAAGUGCCAGUGAGACGUAUGGGAAAGGUUGGGAAGUAGCUUCUGACGGCGAAUCUAUUUAUGCAACUGUUGCAGACGUGGAUGCACAUAGAGAAGGUUGUGUAAACCCUGCUGUUGGAACUCAUGACGAAUGUGAAAGAAUGGAUUCCCAGGCUAAAAUGAAAGUCAUUAGAAGCAGUAACGUUGCCACCAGUGAAGAUGACAACGAUGAUAUCCCUGAUUCGUAUGAUAAAAUCGUCCUGAAGACUCAGACCAAAGUUCCUGGAAACAAUUGUGAGAUUGCCGUCAUUGAUGUGCACCAGAGUUUCGAUGCAGACGACAAUAAGCCAAAAAACCUGCACAGCGAAAAUUGCCUCCUCAGCAGUAACUAUGCCAUUUCUGAAAAGGCCACAAAUAGAUGUGAUGAAUGUAACAUCGUACGACCACCACGGCGCAAAGAUACCGAGAGAGAAUAUAGUACCGGAUAUGACAACAACGUCGGCGUAACACGUCAUAUUAAAUGAGUAAAUACCGGAAGUGGAUUAAAACUUACUUAUCCUUAUAUCAUGACCGCUUAACUGAGGGAAAAAAACUAUGUCUCAAUGUGUAAUUUAUUCUAUUUAUUUCUCCGUUUCUAUUUAUUUAUUUUUGUUAGUUUCUGUAAAAAAAAUGUAGCGUAGUGAAAUAUACAGAAUUGUUAGAGAAACGUGGUUCUAUUUAUUAUAUAUGUGGGAUUUCUUUCUUUCACGGACUAAUGUUUUUUAUUAAUUCAUUAAGUUAAACUAUAUUUUAGACGUUACUGUUUUAAAAGGUUUCUUAUACAUAUACGUUUUUCGUACCUAUCUUAUGAAAUUAACAUGGUAAUAAAACCUGGGUAAAAUGCGUUUAAUUAUAUUGGGGAGAACUAAUUUAGUGCAAGUCAAGAAGGUUUAUACUAUAGUAUUAUAUAGAAAGUAGAUGAUGCUAUUUUAUCCUCUUUCUUUGCGAAUUCUUAUUAAACAGUCAUGCUUAUAGCACAAACUUGUUAUACCUGAAUUACUUAGGGCACUUUUAUUACUUAAUAGUGAAACUGAUCAUUCACAGCUUACUGUUAUAAAUAUAAUUACAUUUAUACCAUGUUUUGGACUGUUUCUUCAUGUUGAAGAUGCAGACGAAGACAAAUGUUGUAAAUUUUCAUAAUAAUAUUUGCUCCUUAAAAAAAGGCUCCUGCGCGCUUUUAAUUUUAGUCUUUGCAUUGCACUAGUUGUCAUUCCAUAAAUAAUAACAUCAUGUAACUUUUUGACAGAAUAUUCAAGGAUGGUUACUAAAAAUAGAUUUAAACCUGCAUGUGUUUCUAUGGUUGAGAAACAGAUAUGUACGAGGAUCUUACCAGGAGUUGUAGAGAAACUGAUAGCGGACAGCAUGGGUCCUGAUCAGACUGCGCGGGUGCGCAGGCUGUUCUUGAUCCAUGCUGGCCGCAAACGCACUAUGUUGGUUUUGUCGUGACGCGGCUCCUAUAUAUUGUAUCACCUUUUUGCUUUAUGCAUCAUUUUUGGUGUUUAGAUACUUAUAUAGUAUAUAGUAACAAUCUUGAAGAGCUGUUCAUGAUGUAUUAAUUUCCUUGGUAACAAAAUAUCGAAAACCUGAAUGAAUCUUUUCUCUCAUCAUGCAUGCUUAAUAAAAUAGUUUGACCACAA